GUUAAGGUCCACGUUUAGGAGGUGAAAAUAUGUGAAGUUCUAUUUAGAGAAACGUUCAUGCUAUAAAUUUCUAAAAUAAACAUGCUCUAUGUGCUUCCAAUUCGUGUCUAUUGUUAUCAAUCUUCAAAUAUAUUAAAUCAUCGUCAACAUGUAGCAAGCAAAUGAGAAAUAAAACUUGAAAGAACAUUUAGUCGUAUCUUUAUUUUUCAGUUGUUAAGUUUUUAAUUGUGAAUUAUUUUAAAAUUAUGAAUUCUGAUUUUAAAAUAAAAAUUGAUGCAAACAAUUUUGAAGAAGCAAUUGUGAAAAUUUUGAAAGAAAUUCGAUCUAAUUGGAUUGAUAAGGAAAUAAAUUUUAAAGUUUUCUCAGAAGGAAUUACAAACAAAUUAGUAGGAACAUAUUGCAACAGCGUGUCUGAAAUGAUUUUAUUCCGGAUUAAUGGAAAUAAAACUGAAAUUCUAAUUGACAGAUCUGCUGAAAUAAUCAACAUGAAGCUUUUAAAUAAGUAUGGAUUUGCGCCGGAAAUUUAUGCAACAUUUUUAAAUGGAAUUUGUUAUGAGUUUAUUCCUGGAGUUAUAUUAAACACAGAAACUGUAAAAGAACCAACAAUUUGGAAGUUGAUUGCAACUCAAAUGGCUAAAAUGCAUAAAAUUCCUUUAUCAAAUCAACAGAAGUAUGGUGAUCCUAUGAUUAAAAGAGUUGGAUUAACAUAUUUGGAUCUUAUACCAGAUAAAUUUAGCGAUAAUGAGAUUAAUGAGAGAAUUUCAAACAUUUUUCCAUCAAAAUCGGAUCUAAAACAACAAUUUGCCUUUCUCAUGGAUAUUCUCCAAUCUUCUAAUUCACAAAUUGUUUUCUGUCACAACGACUUACUUCUAUCAAAUAUCAUUUACACAUCGGAUACAUCAAAAAUUUCGCUGAUUGAUUUUGAGUAUGCUGAGCCAAAUUACCAAGCAUUUGACAUUGGGAAUCAUUUUGCCAAAAUGUCUGGAGCAUCUUCUGAUAGUUUUAUUGAUUAUUCGAGAUUCCCGACUAAGGAUUUUCAAAUGAAAUGGUUAAAAUAUUAUUUGAGAGAAUUUUAUGGACAAAAAGAUGUCAGUACUUUGGAAAUUGAAAAACUUUAUGAAGAUGUGAAGAAAUUUGUAGCAUCGUCUCAUUUUCUAUGGACUUGUUGGUGCCUUAUUCAAGCAGAAAUUUCAGGCAUUAAAUUUGAUUUUGUAAAGUUAGCAAAAACAUAUUAUAAUGAAUAUUUGUAUCGAAAAAAUCAACUUUAAUUCACAAAGUUUGUGAAACAAAAGUUCGAAAAACUUCAAAUACCAAGCAUUUCUUUUAUUAAACAAUAUUGUUAGACACAAAAGCAUGUAACAUCAAAAACAGCAUAAAAUAAACACACUUGUUAUUGCUUUAACAGCGUUUAAUUCUUCAAAAGUGAUUCAACCAAUAAAACGUGUCCCAAUACUAAGACAAUCUUCGAUUAAAAUUCACCUUUAGUUUCAAAACAUCUUACAAUAUUUAAGAAAACAAAUUUAUCAUCUGCAGUUUUAGUUGUUGCUAGUAAUAAAAAUUAUUUUGUCAAUAUGAUG